AUGGUCAAAUUCUACUCCACCUCGUAUAGCUACGACUACUCUUUUCCCGCCGUGUCGCUGGCCUAUUUUCUGCGCUACCCGAACCCAUACAGCACCCACGUGCUCUCGACCGAUGUCAUCUCGCGCGAAUAUGACCCCGACGCUCAACGCCUGACGACAGUUCGUCUACAUUUGAAGAAAAGCAAACUCCCUCCAGCCAUCCUCAAGCUCCUGCCGCGUAGCAUCAUGGGUGGAGCGGAAAAUGGCGACAGUCAAGCUUAUAUCCUCGAGACAACCGUCGUCGAUGUCAAAGAAGGAUGGAUGGAGGCCGAGAGUCGCAACCUCGAAUGGACCGGUGUCUUGAGCGUCAUUGAAAAGCAAGUCUUCCGUCGACAAGCACUCGAAUCACAGGCCAAACUUUCUGCCGCCGUCGAUCUAUAUGGCCAACAACCAUCUCAGAGGACCGACGUCACAACCACGGUCACACUACAAUCGCGCAUUGGAGAGAACAUUCGUCGUAGAAAAGCACAAAGGCAAGCCGAAGCAGAGGCCGUCGAAGAGGAGGCUCCACCGGCCAAGCUUGGUUUCUUCAAGUCGUGGGCAGCUAGUCCCAUGCAGCGAUCUAUCGAAGUCAUUGGCCUCCGCCGUGCCGAAAAGUCGCAGCCUAAAGCAAAGGAGGGAAUGAAGGUGGUGCUUGAACGGCUGCGACAGGGCGGACUGGUCGCUGUGCUUGAAGGCAUGCGUCAAGAUCGUGAGCUCAUGUUCGCUGGUGGCCAGGUUUGA